CCACGGCAGCAGCGGGACGGGCGUUGGGGAUGCCCUGUGCACAUCCCAGACCUCCUCUCUCCACCGUGCCUUGCACUGAGCCUGCCCAGCAGGAGGGGCCUGUCCUGACCUCACGCUCUUGAGAUGGCAGCUAUCCAGAGCUUCAGUGCCACCCACCCCGGUGACCCUGAGCCUGGGGACCUGAUCGAGAUCUUCCGGCCAGCUUACCAGCACUGGGCCCUCUACCUGGGGGACGGGUACAUCAUCAACGUGACGCCCAUAGAUGAAGGGCCCCCAGCCACAUUCGCCAGCACCAAGUCAGUGUUCAGCAGAAAGGCCCGGGUGAGGAUGCAGCUCCUGAAGGACGUGGUCGGAAACAACUCCUAUCACAUCAACAACAAGUAUGACGGCACCUACGCUCCCCUCCCAGUGCAGGAGAUCAUCCGGCGCGCUGAGUACCUCAUUGACCAGGAGGUGUCCUAUGACCUGCUCGGCAACAACUGCGAGCACUUUGUGACGCUGCUCCGCUACGGCGAGGGGGUCUCCGAACAGGCCAGCCGAGCAGUCAGUGCCAUCGGGUUUGUAACAGCUGCCGCCGGUGCCUUCUCCUUGCUGGGCUUGUUCUGGAGCAGAUCCAGAGAGAGACAGUACUGAUGGGCUGGUGAGACAAGCUCCGAGCAGGGCAGGGAGCCCCUGGCCAGGAGGGACCCGGGACAGUUUGUGGCCACAGCUGCCACCGAGACUUACUAACAACUGCGUCGCCCUUGCUGAGAGCAGCACUAGCCUGUUUGCCACAUCUUCUUUUAUUUCAUUGCCUGUGAUGAUUUUUCUGGUAGUCUGGGAGCACAAGCAAAUUCUCCAUCCUCACACCCCCAGUGCUCUGCUGAGGGCUGGUGCAGGCUUUCUACAUGCAUCCUGUUUUUAUCAGCUACAUCCUAUGGGCUCUUUCUGUGAAUAACCUAUUUUAACCUUAACAUUUUUACUUUUUUGUUUUUCUUAAUCAAAAGUAAUAUAAAAGUAUUGCUGAGGGUUUAUUGUGUGUCCUCCAGCUGAGGGCCUGUGCAAGUGGAAAAACGCAAGUUCCCAGGCCUGCAAAAGGGCAGACAAGGCAUAUACUGUGUCUUGGAGCCUGUGCCUGCGGUGCCUAAACUGAGCUGCUCCUGCGAGGGUGGGAGGUAGGAAGGAAGGGCAGGUCUUACAGACUGUAUCUUGCAGUGUUUUAAACGAGUGCUCUGUUUUUUGGCAUGAUAGUGUUUUGCUCAGUGUUCUCCUGCCUGGAAAGUGUCCUUUCCCUGGUUACUCGGACUCCCUUUGGGAGCAGCAGACCCCCAGUUUGGGGAGGUCUGACAAAAACCCCAGCUAGCUUUUUCUCUGGCAGCUGUUUGUUCCAGAUUGGGUCCACUGUGCCACUGAAAUUUCCCUCUUCAUCCCUGUAAGUGCAGUAAUUGUUGGCAUUAGACCUGACCAAGCUUACUAGAUGAUCUUUAAGGUGCCUUCCAACCCAAACCAUUUGUCCUGGUUUUGGCUGGGAUAGAGUUAAUUUUCUUCCUAGUAGCUGGUACAGUGCUGUGUUUUGGAUUUAGUGUGAGAAUAAUGUUGAUAACACACUGAUGUUUUAGUUGUUGCUCAGUAGCGCUUAUCCUAAGCCAAGGACUUUUCAGUUUCCCAUGCUCUGCCAGCAAGCAGGUGUGCAAGAAGCUGGGAGGGGGCACAGCCGGGGCAGCUGACCUGAACUAGCCAAAGGGGUAUUCCAUACCAUGGAACAUCAUGCCCAGUAUAUA